CAGGUAUGUCAUGUCCUCUAAUCUGAGUCUGACGUCAUCAGUCAUCCCUCAGAGUGCUCUGCUGAAGAUCCUGAGCAACCCCCACAAUGUGGGCAACCUCAACCAGGACGCCAUGUUCCUCAUCGCCAAGAGCACAGAGUUCUUCAUCUCCACCCUCACUCGACAGUCAUUCGAUGAUGCCGAUGACGUCACACACGAACUAGGUUACGAUCACGUGUCGGAGUUUGUUCAGUCAAACGAAGUACUCCAGUUUCUACACGACAUUCUACCGCCCAAAGUCACUUAUGCAGAAGCACUGGAAAUGAUGAAAAACAACGACAACGAUUUCUCAGGCAGUGAAGACGAAAAUUCAGCAGCACAGAAAAAAAAGACUAGCAAAGCUAAAGCAAACAGUUCCAACGCGAACUCGAAAUCAAAUUCUAAAACCGCAAAAACUAAAACAACUGAGGCUGAAAAUAAAGCAACCUCGUCUAAAAAGGGUAAACAUAAACCAAAAGGUAAUCAGCAAAGUUCUUCGACAAAAGAGGUAAUAGAAACUGAAGUGGUCGUGAAAUCAGAAACGAAAGAGGAACCAAUUGAUGUUCAUUUUGAAGAGGAGGAAAGCAACCAUGUGUCAAGCUCGUUGGUGGAGUUCGAAGUGGAACCAGCUCACGUGCAAAAUGAGAAUUCAAGUUCAAUGGACGCAAUCGAGUCUUCUUUAUUAGGAGAUUCUGGCAAAGCAAAAAGAGGCGUCGAUCACGACUGUUUCAACUAGUUUUUAGCGCCAAUUUGGUCAAAGUUUUAGAUUGACACCCCGGAGAGAAGCGAUUUCAAUCGAGAAUCAGUCAGCUCGAAGAUUUGUGAGAAGAUAUUUGUAGGGAAACUAGUUUAAAUUACUGAAUUAACAUUAAUCUCGGGAACUAAGUUUUUCUUCAAAAAGUCAGUGCUGAUUUAAACUGUCCGGAAAAAAGUAACAAAAUUUAAAACUUCAAA